GUCACUUCUCUCCUGAAACCAGUGCUGUCUCCAUGGAGAUCAGGUGGUUUAGGGGGACAGACUGUAUCUACCUGUAUAAGAAUGGCCAAGUUACAGUGAGUGAGGACUAUGAGGGCAGAGUGAGUCUGAACACUCAGAGACUGCAGAGAGGAGACGUGUCUCUCAGACUGAGGGAGAGCAGAGAGUCCGAUACUGGACGAUAUCAGUGUCAGGUCAUCAGUGGAGAACACGUGGUGGGGACACGAAUAGGACUGCGCUAUGAUGGAGGAAGAGGGGUAAUCUACAGAAUGCAUUGCACCUCAAUUGAUUUGGUCAGGUUGAAAAUGGAAGAAUCUGUGAGAACUCUUGUCAAUCAGACAGCGAAGGAAAUGGGAAGACGAUUGAGCAGCAAAAAAAUGGAGGGCAAUGAACAACCAGAGGGGAGGGACAAAAAAAGAGCGGACUCUGGGAGUAAGAACAGGAAGAACACAAUCAAACAACAAUCAAAAGAACACAUGACUAAACAAGAGAGGGAGAAAGAAACUGAGGACAUGGAGAGGGAACUACAGGACCUUAGAACCCAACUGCAGGAACAGGAGAGGGAGCUGGAGGAGAGAAACAAACAAUUGGAGGAGAGAGAUAAACAGCUGGAGGAGAGAGAUAAACAGCUGGAGGACAGAGAUAAACAGCUGGAGGACAGAGAUAAACAGCUGGAGGAAAUAAUCAAACAACUGGAGGAGAGAGAUGAAAUGCUGGAUGUGACAUGUCUCAGGAGAGCACGGAGCAAAGACCAAUUUAUAGAAUUCAGAGGAAACCACCUACUGCCCCCUGCUGUAACUGGAUGGCGCUCCGAACCCGUCUCUCUUUGUGCUGGGAUCCAUGAUCAAGAUCAUAUCUGGAAAAGGUGGAGCAUGGCUGAACAUCUCAUCUUUAGACGAGAAAGUCCAGUCCCUCCAGUGUCUCCUGCUGUGUCUGAGCUGAGGCUGGUGCUGCUGGGGGGGAGCACAGCUGGGAAGAGGGCAGCAGGAAACACCAUCCUGGGCACAAACACACUCACACACACAUCCACAGAGACCCAGCACAGUGAGAGCAGACAGGGGGAGGUGGCUGGGAGACGGGUGACCAUGGUGGACACUCCAGACUGGUUCUGCAGUGGACUCUCUGAGAAGGACAUGAGGCAAGACGUGGGGCUUUGUGUCCGUCUGUCUGCCCCAGGACCUCACGCCUUCCUCCUGCUGAUUCCAGUGGAGCCGUCUGAAGGGGAGGAGAGGAGGAUGCUGGAGAAAAUGGAGGAUAUUUUUGGGGAGGGCUGUUGGGGACACACACUGAUCCUCUUCACCCAUGCUGAGGGGCUGAGAGAGAGGAGUGUGGAGGAGUUGCUCCAGACAGGGAGCCAGGAGCUCCAGCAGCUGGUAGAGAAAUGUGGCAACAGGUGUCACCUUCUCAACGUUAAGGACAGGCCUGAUGACACUAAGAUCACACAGCUGCUAGAGAAGAUAGAAUAGAUGGUGUCAAGAAACAGAGAGCAAUUCUAUAGCAGUGAGACCUACCAAGAGGCAGAGAGACAACUCAGAGAGUUAAGGAUGCAGAGCAAACAAGAGGUGGAGGAGAGGAAACUGAGGGAGGAAAGAAAGAAGAGAGAGGAACUUGACAAACG